CUCCUGGACGACGUAUACAAUGACGUCAAAAAUGGGAAAUCGAAACUGACAUGGAUUUCCCGAGUAAUGUUCAACAGGUGAUCUAAAGGCACAGUCUGUUGAAUAAAGUCGGGUGUUAACGCAGUACUGAAGCGAUCCUGUCUCACAGUCCUGACAUCUGAAGAGUUCGCUGAGAAAUACAAGAGGCCACAGAACACUGUCGAUGUUACACGGUACAUUGAUGGUUUAGUGUGUUGUGUAGUCUGUUUGCAACAUCAUGACCCAUCCAAAACCGCUCUUCGUGCCCUGGUUGUGCCAACAAAUCCAAAGUGGAAGAUAUCCUGGAGUGUGUUGGACCAAUGAAGAACUUCAGCAGUUUAGCAUUCCCUGGAAGCAUGCUUUGAGACAGGACUCCAACAGUGAUGAUGUCCUCAUAUUCAAGGCAUGGGCUCAGACUAGCGCUGCUGGAGACGGCAGGAUAAAUGGAGACCACUCUGUUUGGAAGAGAAACUUCCGUAGCGCUCUUCGUGCUAAAGGCUUCAAGAUGAUAUUUGACAACAAGAACGAUGCUGCUAAUCCGCAUAAAGUGUAUCAGUUUCCAUCUGAAGGUCUUUCUGCAGGAUCGGAAGGGUCUCAAGAGACCGAUUUCUCUCCAGAUGUGGAGGAGGAAAACGUGUUCUCUACAAACCCACCCCAAGGUUUAGAGGGACAUUUCACUGGACUAAACCUGCAGGAAAGUCCCUUACAAGUCUAUGAAGUUUGGAAUCCAGAUCAGUUCUAUUUGGGGAUUGAGGAACAAGGACUCCUCCAAGAAAUGAAUCCAUGCACAGAACCCCAGUUUACUCAGAUGACCCAUUUUCAAAAUGUGGACACUGACGGACCCUUCUCUUCAGCUGGGGGUGCUGUUGGUGGUUUGGGGCAGAUUUCACCCACUGAGGGGACGACGGCUGUGAAUCAUCAUUCUCCAGCAUAUCAGCAGCCGGUGGUGUGUCAACCACAUGGUGAAGGUGAUCAGGCUGCAGUUCCUGAACCAAAACUGGAGACAUUUUUCCAGAUUAAGGUUUAUUACAAAGGGAAGAUGGUGUUGGAACAGUUGGUGGAGAAUGAUGCUGGAUUCAGACUGAUGUAUCAGGGAAACAUGGAUGAGUCCAGUGCUGAUCUACCAGUGGUGAAACUACCUUGUCCAGAAGAUAUCCUGGAUCAGAUCCAGGCCAAGCAUACGAAUGAUAUUCUGGAAAAUCUGGGCGGUCUGGAGAUCAGGAGAUUGGAUAGUGUGGUUUAUGGCCACCGCUGGGGAUCCAGCAGGAUCUACUGGGGUCUAUGCAAACAUGAACAAAGCCAAACGGCCAGAGAGCUCUCCAAAAACACACCUGAACCCGUCUACUUCUUCAGAAAUUAUAUAUCAGGUUUGAUGGAGUUUAUGCAGCAGACAAGCAGCGAAUCUCCUUCUUACUCUCUUUACUUCUUUCUGGGAGAGAAGUGGCCAGACCCCAAAAUGAAACCAUGGGAGAAGAAACUCAUCAUGAUAGAGGUUAUUCUGACUUCACUGGAGUAUUUUAAGAUGAUGGCUGUUGCAAAUGGGGCGUCUUCACUGCAGUCGGUGGAGCUACAGCUCUCUCUGGAGCAAAUGAUGGAGUUGUGUGACACCAAGUGACCAAGUGGAAAGACUCGACUGAAAAUGGACUGAAAUUACUUCUUAAACAGUUUACUUAGUGGUGACUCAAUGGUUAACUGUAUUUAUUCAAAGUGUGUGGAGGUUAUAUUGCUGGGCAGAAUUUCGGUAAUGGUACAAAAGAAUAAUAAGUGAUACGGUAGAAAAAAAUACAAGUUUACAAGGGGAGUCGUAAUUUUAAAUUGGAGGAUUUCAUAUAAGUUGUGUGCUAUACUUAAAAGAACAAGAAAAAAUCAUUUCAAAAAUGCUAAAAAAGAGUGUUUUUUACACUACUAAAGUUCUCAUAACACAGUAUUGUCAGAUUAAAUGAUGUCUUUUCACAAUAUGUUCUUCAAUUAGAUCUUCAAUCUGAACUGAACAUGAAAUGUUAAUUUCUUCUUAUUUUGUUUUUUCAACGGACUUGAACUGGGUAUAAAGAGGUUUACACUUAGAGGCCAUUUACACAACACCAGUUUCGACUAAAAACUGAAAACUUUUUAUGCGUUUUGGCCUUUAAUUUACACGACAACUGCGUUUUGGGGGCCUGAAAAUGAAAACUUUUAAAAAAGGGUUUCAAAGUGCAAGUUUUUGAGAACUAUACCAUUAUCACCUUCCUGUAAACUACACAAAUGUAAAUUUGUGAAAACAGUGACGUCAUGCGCAUGAGUAUUACAUGUUCAGUCUAUAGGCGCGUAGAGUUUCUUUACAAAGUGACAUCGCCAACUACUGGCCUGGCAGCAGAAUACAGAUUUUUUAGUCGUCUUCGUGGAUCCGUGUGAAUCGGGAUCAUUUUGAUAAAAUUGUCAUCUUCGCACAAAAAUGUAAAAGACAAUAUUUCAGUUUUUUGUACAUCGAUGUUGUGUAAAUGUGCCCUUAGUAUCAUGGUUUCCAGUCAUGUAAAACCUGGAAAUGUCUUGUGUUUUCUAAGCUUGGAGAAAUCAUGCAAAUUAAUAAAAUUUUAAAAGUCACAGAAAA